AGUAUACCUACUGCACGCGUUUUUAACCUUGCGCAAUGAGUCGAUUUAUUAAUAAAAGAGAAAAAGACGAAUUGGUAAUUGAAUUGGUCAAAAGCAACAGGUAAAUAUAUGAUGCCAGUGAUAAGAAUUACAAAAACAAUAUUGAAAAACACAAAUGUUGGGAAAAAAUAAGUGAAAUGAUUGAUAUGUCAGAAUGCAAAAAACGUUGGAAAAGUCUUCGAGACCAAUACAACAAAAAGAAAAAAGAUUAUAUAUAUUAUAUAACUGGAUCAGCAAGAGUAGAUACAAGUUGGGAAUACCGAACACUGAUGUCAUUUUUAUCAGACAGUGUACAUGAUAGACGGUAUGAAUUUUUUUAUUUCGUUAGAGUGAAAUAUUAUCGAACAGCUAGUUAA